AUGUUGCACAAGUUUUCCAUUGCCAUCAACCUUGCAAACAUCACCAUCAACCUCGGAAACAUCACCAUCAACCUCGGAAACAUCACCAUCAACCUCGGAAACAUCACCAUCAACCUCAGAAACAUCACCAUCAACCUCGGAAACAUCACCAUCAACCUCGGAAACAUCACCAUCAACCUUGGAAACAUCACCAUCAACCUCGGAAACAUCACCAUCAACCUCGGAAACAUCACCAUCAAACAGAAAACCAUGUCUACCAUUGAACCAACCCAGCAAACCCCUCAACAAACUCCAAACAAUCCAACUUGA